CCUAGCGUCUAGUGUACCGCGGAGGAGUCCUUACCCAUGGAUCUGAUCCAAAGCUUCCACGCGAAGCUACGGUCCCUGGCCAUCACCCUAGACAGCGAGACGGCUCGGCUGCAGCGAGCACUGGACGGAGAGGAGAGCGACUGUGAAGAUUAUCCAAUGAGAAUUUUAUAUGACCUUCAUUCAGAAGUCCAGACUCUAAAGGAUGAUGUCAGUAUUCUUCUUGAUCAAGCAAGUUUGGAAAGUCAAGAAAGCAUUGGUUUCAUAAAGGCAACAAAAGUACUGAUGAAAAAAAAUUCAGUGGAUAUCAUGAAAAUAAGAGAGUUUUUCCAGAAGUAUGGAUAUAAUCCACGUGCCAAGAAAGAUUCAGUGGAUGAACAAGAAAUCAUUGACUCUGAAUCAGAGUCCACUAAGCAUGAAAAUUUUCAAAUGCCUGAUGUGAAGGACAGUCUAUCUGAUCCUGCUAUUCCGAGGACUUCUGGUUCUGAGAGGUCUCCACGGAGUCCACAACUUUCCGAUUUUGGACUUGAACGGUACAUGAUAUCCCAAGUUCCACCAAACCCUCCACGGGCAGUAAAUGACCAUGAGGAAGAGCCAAAAAAUUUAACUCCAUCUUCUAAACAGUCACUAGUUAAAGUACUAAAAACUCCAAAAUGUGCUCUGAAGAUGGAUGAUUUUGAGUGUGUAACUCCUAAAUUAGAACACUUCGGUAUCUCUGACUAUACUGUCUGUUUAAAUGAAGAUUACACAAUGGGACUUAAAAAUAUGAAGGAGAAUAAAAGGGAAGAGGCCACAGAACCAGAACCAAUGACCAGUGAUAAUUUCUUUGUCACUCCUGGCCUCCAGCAGUUGAAAAAAAAUGGCAGUGCUCUGACAAAAUUGUGCUCUGAUGAAAUUGUUCCUUGUACAUAUGCUGACUGUGCAGAUUCUCCCUUAGCACCUACAUUCUGCACUCCUGGUUUGAAAAUUCCUCCUACAAAGAACAAUACAGCUUUGGGGUGCACAGAUUAUCCAUUACCAAAAACAAAUAGUUCAUCAAAUGAUUUGGAAAUGAAAGACUGUACAUCAUUAGUUUUAAAUUCAGACAAGUGUUUUGAGAGUUUUGCGGAUCCCUCUUCUCCUGUAAUUUCUUCUUAUGAGAAUCUGCUGAGAACACCUACACCUCCAGAAGUGACUACCAUUCCAGAAGAUAUUCUCCAGAUUUUAUCAAAAUACAACUCAAACCUAGCAACUCCAGUAGCAGUGAAAGCCGUGCCACCCAGCAAAGGGCUCCCCACUAAACACGAAGGACCAAACAUCCAAGGUGUUGGCAACAAAGAAAACUGGUGAAGAGCUUGUUAACCCUGGAAUUCAGACUUCACGAGCAGUUGGAUGACAUCAUUGGGAAUGUAUACCCAGUUAUUUUAUUAUUGUUAAAGUAUAUAGCCACAAUAUUCUAUCAUUUGUUUUAUUGGUGUCUAUUAAUUAUGCUUGAUUUUUUAAAAAAAAUUGCAUCUUUUUGCAGAAGUUCUAAUGGAUCCCACCCACUAUAGAAACUGAACAGAAAGUUGAAAGCAGAUCGGGACUUUGUUAUUCACAUUGCCCUACAUUUCCCCCCUUCUUAAAAACCAAACCAUAUUGAAGAUGAUCAUGGACACUGGUGUGAUAACAUGGUUUGUUUUGUUUUUGUUUUUUAAGUAGGCUCCAUGCCCGGUGUG